CAAGAAAUGCUCUAAGAACAGAUUUUUUAAAACGUUUCUACAAAGAUGCGCAAAAAUCUAAAAGGAGUGACGCUUUCAGAAACCCCUCGUUUUCAAUCAUAACACCACCUUCUUCGUUCCCUCUCUCUCCACGCUAAAGCACAUCACGCAGUGCCGCUGAUUACUACGCUGAAUCACUGCGCAGCUCCUUUGUAGAGGUCUUAUUCAAAAUGGAAGAUGGAGGUAGCAAUGCAAUGGCAAAACGUGUGAAAGUUUCUGUGGAGGAUAGGAAAACCUUGGUGGAAGAUGAACUCACUGCACUUGUUCCAGUUGAAGAAAAUGGACCAAGAGCCUCAGAACAAGUGGAGAUUGAGAUUGAUCAUAUUCAUGAAAAGAUCAACAACUACACUGAGAUGGUUUCUGAAAUGCUAGAAUCUGGGAAGUCUAUGCUUAAGGAACUGAGCAAUGAGUUUGAGGAGCGGAUGAUUUUGAUUCACAAGGAGCAGAUGCUGAAGUGGGAGGAGGAAAUCAAGGAACUUCGCUUGCUUGAUGCUGCCAAUGAGGAUGCUGAUGAUCUGUUGCACAAUGCUAAAUAUCUGCUUCAGAAUGCCCAUGUUGGCUCCUUAUGUAAUGAAUGAUAAGUGUCAACACCAAACAAAAGACCCAUUUGAACAAGUUCAGUACUUAGGUUUUUGGAACAAUUCAAGUGUAUGUUGCAGUACAACUGUAGUGACAUUUGUAAUGACCUCAAUCUUAGUAUUCAUGUUUUUCUUGGUUUGGCUGUACAGUUUUCAGCAACUGUAAUGACCGUGCGUGUAAUAGACAUUAACUAAUGUGGGAUCUGUCAAUUGUAUAUCUGAGAUUCUGUCUUUCUGGCUUUGAAUGGUUAGCAGUGGAAAUACUUCGUGCUAAGGUUGUUCAAUGCGUAA